AAAGAAGCCGAAGAUGGGGUGGACGUAGCGUAGCCGACUCACGUUCUAUAUUAGCACGAGCAGAGGAAGAAACAUAGCAAAAUCUUUUGGCGACGAGACGGGCGUCGUCGUCCUCCCCUCGCGGUUUCCACGGAGCCACCAUUUUUCUUUCCGUUUCGGUGGUUGCUUCUGCAGUCGAUCCAGGCCCAACACGCCAUAAACUCCCUCCAAACCUCCCCUUGCCUUCUCCUCCGAUCAUUCGCCGAGCCUGGUCAAAACACUUUCCUAUUUCAGUCGGGGCUCGCUGGCCGGCUUCAAAUGCUGGUCGCCUCCACGCUCCAUCGUUGCCUGAGCAAAUCCACCACCGGCUCAGGACCGGCUCCAUUCCUGAAAUCUCCCCCAGCUUCUAGAAUUUGGAUUCUUUAGUCCAAGCUCGCAUCUUUCCCAGAUACGGAUUGGGUUCUCUUUGAGCGGAAUCCCACCGGCUGAGCUUUCGAGAGGUCGGAUUCGGGCAUAGUUGCAGCAUGACGAUCGAUCUGUCCACCAUGCCCGGGAGCUCGGCGCGCCUUCUCGACACCGCGGGGAGGAAGGACAUGAACUUCUUCAGGAACCGCUACGUGCUCGGGCUCACCGGCGUCGCGGGAAUCGGCGGCUUCCUCUUCGGCUACGACACAGGUGUCAUAUCUGGAGCCCUUCUGUACAUUCGGGACGAUUUCCCGGCUGUGAAAGACAAUUUAUUCUUGCAGGAGACAAUCGUUAGCAUGGCUUUACUUGGAGCCAUGAUUGGAGCAGCUGGGGGUGGUUGGAUAAAUGAUGCCUAUGGUCGCAAGAAGUCGACUCUUCUUGCAGACAUGAUGUUUGCAAUCGGGUCACUUGUUAUGUGUGCUGCUGGCGGUCCUUACAUUCUGAUUCUUGGAAGGCUCUUUGUUGGAUUGGGAAUAGGGAUAGCAUCAGUCACAGCCCCAGUUUACAUUGCUGAAGCUGCUCCUUCAGAAAUUAGGGGAGGUUUGGUGUCAACUAAUGUCCUCAUGAUUACUGGUGGUCAAUUCUUCUCGUACCUGGUCAAUCUUGGCUUUACCGAGGUUCCUGGAACAUGGCGCUGGAUGCUUGGAGUUGCUGCCGUGCCAGCAGUCGUUCAGUUUGUGCUGAUGCUUUUUCUGCCAGAAUCGCCCCGUUGGCUAUACCGGAAGGAUGAGAAGGCAAAAGCUAUUGCUGUCCUGGAGCAGAUAUAUGACUCUGAUCGUCUAGAUGAAGAGGUUGAGCUGCUUGCUUCGUCUUCCAUGCAUGAAUUCCAGUCUAACUGUACUGGGAGCUAUCUGGACAUAUUCAGGUCGAAGGAACUAAGGCUUGCCUUUUGUGCUGGAGCUGGUCUUCAGGCCUUCCAGCAGUUCACUGGCAUCAACACUGUGAUGUACUACAGCCCCACGAUAGUCCAGAUGGCGGGAUUCACUUCCAACAGGUCGGCCUUACUCCUUUCCCUCAUCAUCGCUGCCAUGAACGCAAGUGGAACCAUUGUUGGAAUCUAUCUCAUCGACCGUUGUGGCCGCCGCCGCUUGGCCCUUACAAGCUUAGCUGGGGUUGUGCUUUCCCUUGUCAUUCUUGCCUUGGCCUUCAUACUGCAGUCAUCUUCCAGCCUUUGUGGGAGCUUAUUCAGUGGCUCUUGCCAAGGUGUGUUGGGUUGGUUCGCAGUCGGAGGGCUCGCUCUAUACAUCGCGUUCUUUUCUCCAGGGAUGGGCCCAGUCCCAUGGGCUGUGAACUCCGAGAUCUACCCUGAGGAAUACCGUGGAAUGUGCGGGGGCAUGUCAGCCACUGUCAACUGGGUUUCCAACCUAAUAGUGGCACAGAGUUUCCUCUCGAUUGUGGGGUGGGUUGGAACUGGCCCUACAUUUCUGAUCAUCGCCGGAAUUGCUGUGAUGGCCUUCAUCUUUGUGGCUCUGUAUGUGCCGGAGACGAAGGGCCUGAGCUUCGAGCAGGUUGACCUCCUGUGGAAGGAGAGAGCUUGGGGUAAGCAGGGCAGCCACGAGAGCCUCUUGGGUGCAGCACCGUAGAGGGUCCUCCUGCUCUGAUCCUGCAGGGCGGGUGCUCCUUUUAACAUGGCGCCACGCUGCACCUGGCUAGUCUGCCCACGCCAUUGCCUGACCUCUAGCUAGGAAGGUCUUAAAAAAGAGUUGGAUGGAUGCAGAUACAACCCGUGUCUCUGGGUGGUGUUUAGAUCGUUCUUAUGUUGCCUGGAUGUAUGUAUUAUCGUGGUGUUGAUGGUCUAAACAUAUUGUCACUUGUUCAUGUCGAAAAGACCGUGUGACUGAGAUCGGUUUCGUGCAUUGCUGGCGUGAGUGAUGGUAUCAAGGGAAUCAAUGAGCUACACUGGCAGGGAAAAGCAGAUGAACAACUGAUGUCUUUAGCAGUUUAUAUUUUGUUUGGAUUUUGUGUCUGUAAUUGGAAAACUGGCUCCUAGAUUGCAAUUGUGUGUAAACCUUAUAUACCAACGAUGGCCCCUCUUGCCUCUUGUCUCAAA